CACACCGUGAAUAUGUAAUUUGUAAACAUCCGCAUUGCAGACCUUUAUUUAGACCUAAGCGGUGAUACGUUUUGUUUUGUGAAAGAAAACAUAAUCAAGAUGGGUACCUGUAAGUGUGUGGUUAUCACCGUCAUUGUUCUGGUUGUUAUUAUCACGGUGAUAACAGUAGUAUCUACUUCACUGAAGAAACUGGAUUCAGAAGAAAUUGGUAUAAAGUAUGAUACGAUUCGGAAAAUUUUGGAAAAUACCACAGAAAGAGAAGGUUUACACACCGGACUUCCUGGAUUCAAAUUCAUCAUAUUUCCAAGUGUAUACACAUCACUUACAUUUAACCAUCUAGAAAGUUUUAACAAAGAUGGAGUUCAAAUUGUCCUAGACGUAACCUAUCAGUACAAAGUCAGAUCGGACAAACUAAGGGAGGUAAUCCUUGAAUUCAGGGACAAAGAUGGUUACACGAAGAUUCUCAAAUAUGAAGGAGAAUCUGCUAUACACGAGACAUGUAGCCAUUUCAACACAUCUCAGUUCCAGGCAGAGCGUGCCAAUUUUCAGGUUAAGGUCAAGGAGAACAUAAUGGUCAGAUAUAAAAAGCUGAACGCAGAAAUGACAGAUUUACAAGUGAACAAUAUUGCACGACCUACAGAAUACGAAAGUGCCAUACGGAGUAAAGAAAGGGCCAGGGAAGACAUACGGGUAGCCAAUAACGAACGUCCAAGACUUUUGACGGAGGCUGAGACACAGAUACGUGAAGCUGAAACACAGGCCAAGAUCAUCAUUGACAAGGCAGAUUCUGCUGCACGUAUUUUAGCUAACAGAGGUUUGACAGAAGCACAAGCUAUAAUCGCCCAGUUUGAAAAAGAGGCUGAAGCGUACACGAAGAUUGUUGAAGCCUCAGGACUUGGAUUUACUAUUGAUGGCUUCAUUUCCUAUCUUGGUGUACGAGUUAUCGCUGAUGCAAAGAAUCCUGUCUACAUAGGCUUGGACAGCCCAGCAAAGACUGUUUAUCCUUAAAACAAAUUGUCUCCCUUUGUGUGCAUCCGGGCACAUUUAAAAGUUGUAUUUAUCUGCAGUGCUUAUUAUAUCAUAAUGUUAAAUUUUUCAAAAUGUGAGAUAUGUUGAUAUAAAGAUUCAAUGUUUAA